AUGGAAUCUUGGCCAACAGAUGACCGAAACAUCGAGGACAUACCAAGAAGGGAGGGUAAAGGCAAAAAGAAAGAGAUAUUCCAAUACCCCAACCUAGAUCACGGAUUGCUCGAGGCUUUGACCCUGGUUGAGAAGGGAAAUCGUCUUGAAUGGUCUUCCUUAGUGAAAAAUUAUGCUAUUCUCAAGGCAGUAUCAACAGACUCGGACCCAUUUAAACUGCAGGCAGGGAAACCCGUCAAAAUAUUCCCUGAGACGCGUCCGCCUUCUAUCACGCUUCCGCGUAUGACUCUGGGGAGAAGGGCAGAGCGAGGGGCAAAUUUCCUGAGGACACAUUUUCCUGACGUCGAAGUUGCUGCUGAACUCAUUAGAGAGGAGAUAGAGACAGACGCCAGAGUCUUACACGAUCGAAGCGUGUACAAUCCAUAUGACGGAAAUUUACUUGAAACCGUAACCUCGUAUGAAUCUUCGACGCCCGUGUCGUUGCACCUUGCGUUUCCGAUGGGUGAACUGGGUCGUGACCUGAAUAUAUCGCCAUUUCUCCCUUCUGAGAACGGGAGAGUUUUUACUCCGAUAGCUACGCCGAUAAGGUCGUUCGAUACACCCAUAUCUCAAAUUACUUCACCCAGAUAUGAUCUGCCAAACCUAGCACAAGGCGCAUUGUUGGCUGCAAGGACCUAUGGUGUUACAUGUGUCCUGGAAAUGAGAUCCUGUGACACACCGAAGGAAGUGAAGCUAUUCGAUGUAGCAACCAUUUCCCCGUCUGAUGUGGGCGGUCAUCAAAUGAUUGAUGUCAGGUUCCCUUCUGUCCAUGAUCUGCUCGUCGUCAAUGAUCAAGGCACGGCCUUCAGCUACAACUUCAUUGGUGGUAAACCUUUCAUUAUCUUUGAUUAUUCUACUCUGUCGUCCAUGUCUGAAGUCAUGUCUGACGAUUUCUGGAGACUGUCGUUGGGUCCAAACAUCAACACAUGCCUUUUAACUUCGAGCAAAGUUUUGCGGCAGCUUGACUGUCGUGAAAAUGGCGUCUACAAUUCAAUCUUUUCUGUCCCAAGUGAGAAAGACAUGAUUACUGCGGUCGAAGACCAAGAUGGCCAUCUGAUCCGUCUGUGCACCACUUCUCAACUCUUUUGGAUCGACGAUAGAAACCCAGGGAAGCCAAUUCUUGGAUACAAUCAUAAACGAUCAUUCGAUAGGACACUCAAAACUGACACCGUCUCCUUUCAAAACACGCCUUUUACUUUCUUGACAUCACGAAAGAAUGGGAUGGUUAAUGUGUAUACCGUCUCUCGCCCAAGCGAGAACGGACUCAUUCAUGCUAACGGUAUCCCGUACUGUUUGACAUCGGAGACCGAUUUUGAAGAUUCUCUGAUUGGGCAGUCGUUCUUCCAUCAUCCAUACCUCGCUGAAGAUCAAUCAUUUAGUCUACUAAGACUGUCCAGGCGCGGGGCCAUACAAAUGAUCGAACUAGGCCAAUCGGAUGGAAUAGAGACACCAAAUUUCGAGUGGUCAGAUGAUGUCAGAGAGCUGGACCUCAACGCCUCGAACCUACGGCCAGACAUAGGGCCCCUUGGUAAUAGAGAGUACAUGGAAGUGGACUUUUCUGAAAUGUAUCAUCAUGUGUUCAUGGAGAGGACUAGACAAGACGAAGAAUGCGAAGAGGAAAACGCAGACGACGUAUACGACCUCGUGGACCGUCUGCCCCUCUUUUGGCAGGAUACGGAUGCUCCCAUAAAGCAUAUGUUGACGACUUACGAUAUAGCUUUCCGGGCAGGAGAUGAACCAGAUGGCGCUUCCCGAGCUGAUUUUCUGACAGGGAGUAUCAUCAACUCGACCAGAGGGUAUCGUGCGUUACAGCAGGAACGCUUAUCACCGGCUUCCUUGAGUAAAGGUUCUGGAUGGUAUCACAAUAUUGGUCCUACCUUACGGGCUUUCGAUUCGACUGUGCAUCAAAACGCGGAGGACAUACUUGAAAACCUACAGAAGUAUAACCUUGCUGACAGCCCAGACCGCACAGUCCAGUCGCUCAGAAGAGAAAGCAAAGCUCGAGAGCAACUUGCUCUUGAUUUGGCGCUUUCGCAAGAUGUCUUUUCUGUCCAGCCACCGAAAGCACCAGCAUCUAGGCCUGAUGACCUCGAGAGCAUGACAGAAGCCCUUUCUAUUGGCAACAAACCACCUCCGGUGGAUUUCCGCUACCUGCGGCCCGUGUCGCGGAGGACGGCAGAUGAAGCAAGGGAAGGAGGGGAAGAUGAUGAUCCCGAAAUGUCGUAUCCCCUUGGCGUUCGAUUGCUGCUGAAGGAAUGGGCAGUUGGGACGGAUCCAGACACUUAUGUUUACGUGGAUCCUUACGGCGAUCCGACAGAUGAACCCGCAAGGAUUCAACUUCCAAAACCUAAAUCAAACUUGCCGAAAUCGACCCAACCCAAACGUCCUCCCGUCGUCGUGGCAUCGAGUACCAUGGUUCCAAUCGUGCAGCCGGCCGCAAGCCGAGGGACCUUUUUCCCUCAGUCCCAACCGGCCGUUGUUCCCGUGCUCAGGCCCACUACCCAGUCUCAAAUAUCUAAUGCCUUCCUAGCCACAAGUUCUCAAGAGCUAAUGACCAACACGCAGGUCCUUCCUGGACCACACGGAGGCCGCCCGCCGCCCGCUGCAAAGAAGAAACCUGCGAAGAAAAGGCUGGUACACAUAUAUAUCUUCCCACUUGUCUGUAUGGAUUUUGCCGCACGGUCGAGAAAGAACGAUUCACUGGAACAACGAAAGAAGCCGAAGAAGCAUGCAAGGGACGUCAACACAUCGAAUCUUCCGUAUGACUCGGCCGCAUAUAACGACUUCCUCCGCCGGAAUAAAGCAGUUGUAUGCGCGCUGUCCGCUAGCUACAUUUCCACCUUUGCGGGCUAUCCACUUGACUCUCUCAAGUCAAGGCUACAGACAACAAAAACGCCCAUCAGUGUGUCGAGGCUUGCUGCCGUCGUGUAUCGGGAUGAAGGAGUCGUCGGAUUCUAUCGUGGCCUUUGGAUACCUCUCAUAACGAUUCUCCUUUGUCCCGGAGCGAUGUCUGGCGCUUUAAUAUCAUUUGGAAGUGCUCCAUUUGAGCUCGUCAAGGUCCGACGACAGUUGGAGUUUGCAAUCGCUGCUAGUAAGGGCGUGCAACUUACCAAAGCGCCGAAGACGUGGGAAGCCGUAAAAGAAAUUUUUCAAAGCAAUGGUAUCACUGGGCUGUACACGGGUUUCCGUAUGCAUUUUGUACGGGAUACUACGGGAACAGCACUGUACUUCCUCGAAUACGACGGAAUGCGGCACCUCCUUGGACGGGACAGAUCAGGAGAUCAAGGACCGACACCUGCCUGGCUACCUAUCCCUGCUUCGAUUGUUCCGUUCUUCUGUGGUUCACUCUCCGGCGUAUCUUCAUGGGCAUUGAUUUAUCCUCUUGAUGUUGUGAAGACAAAAAUCCAGCAGCGAUCAUUGGCUGGUGAAAGAUAUCGGGGGCCUUGGGAGACACUGUACCGUCUCGUCAGAGGUCCCGAUCCGAACAAUCCCAAGCCGCUAUUAGCAGGUAUCACCAGGAUUUAUCGUGGUCUCGGAGUCAGCGCAGUGCGGAGUAUCACAACCCACGGCCUGCUGUGGACCUUCUUUGACCUCGUCUCGAACUACAUCGACCAUCUACCGUGA